CUCUAAGGCCGUUACACUCAAGUCCCCAGCGGCCCAGGAAGGUGGGCUUGCCCACAGCGCCUGUACAGAGAUCCGAUAAAGCAGCGACUGCUUUUCAAUCGCUUGAAAUUUUUAUUCCUAAUAUGUCUUAACGGAACGUAAAUCAGCCUGCAGAAACUGCGACUGCGAUGCUUUGAAAACGCCCACUCGGUGAACGCCUGUUAUUGAUACCACACGGCAGAGAGGAGGAGGAGGAGGAGGGGAAACCGCGGGCGGAAGAGCGGCGCAUCCCUGCGGUCGCACCUUGUUGCUGGUGGGGGUUUGCGCCAGGAUGACCGCGCCGGUGCGGCGGUGAGUGGACCCAGGCGAGCGACAGCACCGGAGCGGGGAGAUGGCGCGUAUGGCCGGCGUCUGACGCCGAAGAGAGGCGAGCCGCUCCUCUCUCCCGACCGGAUCGCGUGAGUCUGGCAACGCAACAGUAGCAACGAUGGAGGAUAAAGGCGAAUUCCUUUGUGGGGUUGUUGAAGGAUUCUACGGCCGGCCCUGGUCCAUGGAGCAGCGGAAGGUCCUGUUUCAGUGGAUGCAGAAGUGGGGGCUGAACACCUACCUAUACGGCCCCAAAGACGACCUGAAGCACCGGCUGCUGUGGAGGGAGGUGUACUCCCCCGAGGAGGAAGCCCAGCUGAAGACUCUGGUGUGGGAGUCCGAGUCGCGGGGCUUGCGGUUCGUAUACGCCCUCUCCCCCGGGCAGGACAUCGUCUUCUCCAGCUCCUGUGACCUCACUCUGCUCAAGCGCAAACUCAGACAGGUGGCAGAGUUGGGCUGCCAGGCUUUCGCCAUCCUGUUUGAUGACAUCGACCACUCCCUGUGCCAGGCGGACAGCGAGGCCUUCUCCUCAUUCGCCCACGCACAGGUGUCUGUGGCCAAUGAGAUCUUCCGCUUUCUGGGGGAGCCGUCGGUCUUCCUGUUCUGCCCCACAGAGUACUGCGGGUCUCUGUGCUCCCCCAGUGUGGCUAAGUCUCCGUACCUGCUGACCGUGGGGGAGGACCUGCUGCCCGGCAUCUCUGUCAUCUGGACUGGCAGCAAGGUGAUCUCCCGGGAAAUCAGCGCAGACUCCCUGCAGGAGGUGCAGACGGUGCUGCAGCGCCCCCCUCUGGUGUGGGACAAUCUCCACGCCAAUGACUAUGACUCGCGGCGCGUCUUCCUGGGCCCCUUCAAGGGCCGCCCCCCCGGCCUACGCACCCACCUCAGGGGGCUCCUCCUCAACCCCAACUGCGAGUUUGAGGCCAACUACAUCCCCCUGCACACUCUGGGAACCUGGCACCGAGCAGGGAGGGGGAAGGAGAAGGACGGCGGGGGGCAGUACUGCCCAGAGGGAGCCCUGUCGGCCGCUCUGCAGGACUGGAUGGAGGAGCUGAGUCAGCCCUUGCAGCCAGGCCGUCAGGUCAGACCGGUGGAGCUGAACUCUUCAGGGUCCGUCUCAAAGUCAAAGACUUGCGACUGUGCAGACACUCAUUCUGCCAGCAGGGGGAGCAUGCCCAAACCGCCACCCGACACGCUGGACUCCGGGGGGCCAGCCGGCCCUGUGCUGGGUUCAGAGCGAGAGGGCAGGAGAGAGAGCGCUGACGCGCCCCCCCGCAGAGACGACAAGGGCCCGCGGGCGGAGAGCCGGGGCCGAGCGGGAGACAGCGAGAGAGGGGAGGAGAAGGGGGAGAGAGAGCGGGAGAAGGAGAAGAGGAGAGAGAAUGGCUCUCCCUCCAGAAAGGGGCCAGGCAGGGGCGUCCGGGAGAAGGGCCAGGGCAGGGUGGCGUGUGGGGGGAAGGGCCCGCUCCGCGAGCAGGAAGUCCGGCUGCUGGUGGGGCUGUACUUCCUUCCGCAUGAGCACGGCCCUGCAGCACAGCGCCUCCUGCAGGACCUCACCUGGCUCAAGUCCAACAGCCACUGCGUCAGCGCCAACAGCAAGAAGACCCAGCCGCACAAGGUGGAGGAGUGGCGGGUUCGGGCGGGGCGGUUCCAGGCGGCGUGUGACGACAUCGCCUGGUUGCACAGCAGUGUGGUGAACAGCGUGAACCGGGCGGUGCUCUACGACCUUUACCCCUACGUGUGGGACCUGCGCAACACCGCGCUGGUGGCCAAGGCCUUCAUCAGCUGGCUGGAUGGCCGCGUGCUGAGUGACAGCCAUUCUCUCGGGUCCUGGAGGAACUGCUUUCACUGGUGUGGCACCUCCACGGGCGCGGACCUGCUGGGGGUGGAGUCCGAGCCCUGGGUCUUCAAGGGCGGGCUCUCCGGGGAGGUGCAGAUGCUGCUCCCUGUCGGCACCAGCAGUGAGCUCUUCACCCACCCCCCUCCUCUCUUCCCCACCAGCCGGCUCUACAACAUCCGGCCCUUCCAGCACAAAGACAAGGUGGAGCUGUACCGAAUGGUCCGUCAGCUUCACCUGCAGGCCCAGGGGAAGCCAGACUCCUCCCAGCCCCACCCUGACCUCAUCGGAGACAGGUAUCUGGGUGCUUCGUUGGCUCUGUGCCCUGAGUACAGCUUCGUGUUGGAGGAUGAGAUGGGUGUGUGUGGUUGUGUUCUGGGGGUCCUGGAUGUCAGAUCCUUCAUCAAGCGGCGUCAGGCCAGCUGGAUCCCCGCUAUGAGGGACAAGUACCCCACCCGCGCCCACGGAGGGGCGGGACACAACGGCGCCCAGGAGGCACUGCAGCUGUUCCAGGAGGACCAGCCUGACUACCCCGACUCCCUGCUCUACCACUUCCCCUCCCAGCUCCAGCUGGAUGCCUUGCCUGAGCUGGUGGACUGCAGCGUGACCCGCAGUCUGUUCACCGCCCUUCUGACGGCUCUCAAGGCCAACGGGUCCCAGGGUGUGUUCUGUGAGGUUCUGCCCACGGACCGUCAGCGCCUGGAGCUGCUCACCAAGCUGGGCUUCCUGGAGAUUCUGAGGGGCGAGGCGCGGGCGCGGGAAGGGGUGGUGCUGGGCCGGCUGCUGUAGGGAGAGCUUCGCAGUGUUCCUGGACUCUCACACCACACCUUCGGGGCACAUGUUUCUUCUCUUACUGCUGGUGUUUACUUUCUGGUUUUUGGUUUUGUUCCUUUCUUCCUUGUUGAUGGCUGUGGGGUAAGGCCUACACACUGCACAUUCCCAGAGCAGCACACUCACAGACACUGCCAUGCAGACCCAGGCUACCUGCUGCUGCUGAACCGAGAGUCAGUGUG